UUGGUUUUUUGUCCUUUUGCAGAUGGGAAAGUUUUAAAAUUAUAAAAAAAUAUUAAAAAUAAAAGCAAUAGUCUUCAAAGGGAGUUUCCUUUGCAAAUCUAUAAUACAAAACAACAAAAGGAUAGAUCAUAUUUUAAAAGAUAAAAGCAAUUUGUGUGUUAAAUAUGAGUGCAUCAAAUUUGUCAUUACUGGCCACAUUUGAUGACCUGCGUCGCUGCAUACAGGUUUUGACAGAUGGUUCAGCCGAAGAAGAGCUCCUUAAAGUAUUGCAGUUGCAAAAGAAGAUGCAAAUCGAGUGUAUUUCAAGAGCCCAGGAGGCACAGAGGAUACAAAAAGAACUAGAUGCUUCUUUGCAGUCAAUGGCUGAUUUGGAGACAAAGUUAUUUCAUGCCCGGCGCUUGCUUGAGAUGGAGAGUAAAGCUCGUAAAGAAGCAGAGCAUGACAGAGACCAGUUGGAAAGAAAGUUGGUUGCUGUGGCUGAUCUUCUGCAGCAUGAAAACAAUCUUAAGAAUGAAACAAGAGAUAAAUUGGGCUUCUUGCACACUUUGCCCAGAAAGAGGAAAUCAGUGAACCGCAAUUUGGAGGACAAGUAUGGUAACGAAAUCAAUUCGACUGGUAGUUUUCUCUCCGAUCUUUCUAUAACCCAAUCUGAGGAUGAUUUUCUGGAGGACCGUCCGCAACGUAGUUGGCACAAAAACAGGCAGUCCAAUGCAAAUAACGGCGCUGCAUUUGGCAAUAAAAGAACUCUUUUAUCAGAUGAAAAUGUGAAUACACCUCCAGCCGCACAACAACCAGUUAGACGUUCCACGAGACGUAGUAAGACUGGAAGCCAACGAAACCACCACAACAUUGAUUUGAUAAAUGGCAAUGAGCGUAUAUGCGCAACCACAAAAGUGUCAAUUCCUCAAGAUGGUGUGGGAGCUAUACGUGCUGAAUCCACUAUUGAAACAGUUCCCGUUGAUGUACACAAGGAGGAUAUUGAAAUUGGAUCAUCAACACCCCGUAAAUCCCCAUUAAAACAACACAAUUUGCAGGGAAUGAACACCGUUGGUGGUUUAAAUACAGAUUCGCCAAUGACUCAACAUUUAAAAUCGGCGGGUACACUAAAGCGCGCCCAUAACUUUGUAAGCAAAACAUUUAUAAGAGGAGAAACAUGUGUGCACUGCCAAAGAAAAAUACGUUUUGGUUCAGUAGGUCUACGUUGUCGGGACUGUCCCAUUAGAUGUCACACCGAUUGUCGACCUUCUGUUACUGUAACAUGUGUGCCAUCCACAGGUACUCCUACCAUUAAGGGGCUAAUGGGACAUAUUGCUGAUUACGCCCCGUCCGUGUCUCCCAUGAUUCCUGCCUUAAUUGUACACUGCGUCAAUGAAAUUGAAGCUCGUGGCCUAAAUGAAGUGGGUAUUUACCGUGUCUCAGGAUCCGAAAGAGAAGUGAAAGCCUUGAAAGAACGUUUCCUCCGAGGAAAGUCGACUCCCCAUUUGGCUAAUAUAGAUGUUCACGUCUUAUGUGGUUGCAUAAAAGAUUUUCUUCGUUCUCUGAGAGAACCGUUAAUACCCACAAAUUUGUGGAAAGAUUUUUGUAACGCUGUACAAAACCCAUCAGAGGAGAACAUACAAAAGGACCUGUAUAAAGCAAUAGAUGCAAUGCCACAACCAAACCGCGAUACUCUUGCCUUUCUGGUUAUGCACUUUCAACGUAUUGCUGAAUGUAGGGAGGUAUUAAUGCCCCUAGAUAAUAUAGCUAGAGUAUUUGGUCCAACGAUAGUGGGAUACUCUUCCCCAGAUCCAGAUCAGCACGCUAUAUUUACUGAGGUUUACACACAAUAUACAGUAAUGUUGAAUUUGCUCAAAAUACCAAAUGUAUUCUGGUCCCAGUAUGUAGCUCAAGGCGACAACAAAGAAAACAAACAUAUGGGUUCCACCAUCAAAGAGACCCCAAACCAUAACAAUAAGGAUUCAAUCUAUUCACUAUAUGCAACUCCACUUAAAUCUACCCUUAAGAAACGUCGGCUCUACGGCAGUCCUCCUUUUCAAAAAGAUUGAUGGAUUACCAUAAAAACUAAAGAAUUUUUUGUUAUGUUAUGAAGACAUUUAAUAAUUAGAAUAUUGAUUUAUUUUUCAUAUGAAUAUUGGUUUGUGGGAACACUAUUUAAUUUUAUUUUUCAAUAUAUAUAUAUAUAUCAAUCACAUAUACAUUAUAUUAACUAUUUCGUUUGAAAUAAUCUUCUAUGGUCUACAUAUAUUCUUGAAAUUUUCAUGCAUACAUAAAAACUUAUGUACAUCACUUGCAAAUACUUGAAUUUUCUUCAAAUAUAACUUUUUUAGAUAAA